CUGUUCGCUUCUAUUUCAUUUCUUUUUGGCGAAGCGUCGGUUCCGUGUUGACGUGUCUUUAACGUUGUAGUGGUUUUUGGGAAAACUUUAUAUUCAAAUAUUAUUAACUAAUUUAUUUAAAAUGAGGCCACAAAAUGGAGAUGAUGGUUAUGAUGAACCUGAAGUACAUCGUAAAAUCUUCAUCGGAGGCUUGAAUUACCGAACUACAGAUGAAUCUCUCAAGUCUCAUUUUGAAAAAUGGGGUGAAAUCGUUGAUGUAGUGGUCAUGAAAGACCCCAAAACGAAAAGAUCGCGUGGGUUUGGCUUUAUCACAUACUCUAAAGCACAUAUGGUGGACGAUGCACAGAACAACAGGCCACAUCGUAUCGAUGGACGUUUUGUUGAAACAAAAAGAGCAGUUGCUCGACAAGACAUUAAAAAUCCUGAAGCUGGUGCUACAGUAAAGAAAUUAUUUAUUGGUGGAAUUAAAGAUGACCAUGAUGAGGAGCAACUGAAAGAAUAUUUCUCAAACUUUGGUGAAGUUAAAAAUGUCAGUAUUGUUACUGAUAAAACAACAGGAAAGAAACGAGGCUUCGGUUUUGUUGAAUUUGAAGACUAUGACCCAGUUGACAAAAUUUGCUUAAAUGCUCCACACAAAGUUAAUGGUAAACAAUUGGAUGUGAAAAAAGCAUUGCCAAAAGAUGGUUCUGAUUCUAGAGGUGGAAGACAAGGUGGUGGUCCUAGCAGAAAUGACAACUGGGGCAAUGGUGGAGGUGGUUAUGGAAACAAUCAAGGUGGCUGGAAUAAUUCAAACCCAUGGGAUAACAACCAGGGAGGUUGGGGAGGUGGCAACCAAGGGGGUGGUUAUGGAGGAGGUGGUAACCAAAGAGGAGGUUGGGGUAACCAAGAUUUUGGUAACUAUGGUAACCAGGGGUACAGUGGGGGACCAACUAGGAGUCAACAGUAUGGUGGAAAUAAUAGAGCAGCCCCAUACAACAUGAACCAAGGGGGUGGAGGUGGGGGCUAUGGUGGUGGAAACUACGGUGGCGGCGGCCAAGGAAGAGGAGGGCGAUUUUAAAUGUUACGUGCUAAGUACACUAGUAGUGCAGAGUAUAUCGUGCUAGUGUAGGCGCUCCGGAGCUCAUAGUUACUCAUCAUGGUCUACAUCGAGACCACCUAGGAGAAGGCGUCAGGAAAAUUUUAGACAUUUAGAUAGAACAUAGCAAUCGUUAGAAAUCAAUUGAUUGUACUGAUAUGUAACUCCUAUUUAUUAUCGUAUUUAGGUAUCUGCCGUGACAUAAUUUUAAGAUUAGAGGAUAGUUUGUGAUUAAAUAUUUUUACGUCUAAGUACAAUUUAGGAUGAUUUGUAAUGUAGAAGCUAGUUUCCUAGCUGUGUAGUUGACUUACAUUUUCUCACUACAUCCAGUAUUAAGUUCUCAAAUGAAUGUUUAGGUAUAUAAUUGACUUAGGAUAAAGCUAUGUUAAUAAAAUGAAAUUUAUAUGUGUAGGGUUGUUUAUUUAGAUCUGUAAAUAGUCCUUUUCUUUACCAUUGUUAGUUCUAAGUUAGAAUUUUUAGGCACUAGAAGGUUUUAAUGCUAAACUGGCAUAGGAAAUAAAAGGGGAAUAUAUUCUAGCUCCAAACCAUCUAGUACUUACUGAUGACAAAUAAUUUCUUUAAAAAACUGAUAGGUGUACUGACAAUUAGAUGUUUUAAUAAAUCAGUCAUUUUC